CGGUAUAAAACCGUCUACGUUGCACGUGAACCAAUCACAAGUCAGUAGUGUGUCUGGACGAAGAUUCUUCUAUCAGGCAAAAUGAAAGCCCUGCUCGCCCUCGCCCUCGCCCUCGCCCUGGGCCUGGCCGCGUGCGCGCGCGCCGCCGAUGACGUCACGGCCAUCCACGUGAGCCAGUGGCAGCAGUUCAAGGACAAGUGCAACCACAGCUCCAGCGAGUACGACCCCAGCUUCUUCCCCGUCGGCAACCUGGACGACUGCAACAAGUACUUCGACUGCCGCGGCUCCUUCCUGCCCAUGUUCCACUGCCCCGACGGCCAGGACUUCAACGCCAAGCUGAAGAAGUGCGACACGCCAGCGAAUGCCGGCUGCUCCAACUAGGACACUGCCCUAGAUCCUGUCGACCAGGACAGGGCCCUAGAUCCUGUCGACAGCCGCGGCCAACAUCCAGCCAGGGAGGCCAGCGAACUGACUGGAACGUGGUGUUUUCACAUGCUACUAAUUAAAUAACGCAUUUAUUUUUGG